AUGGAAACAAUAUCAGUGCAACGUUCACCGGGUAAACAGGUUUCGGCAGGUUUGAGACAAUUCAAGAACCCUAGAAGAAGGAGCUCUCGUGGUUCGCUUUCAAGAUCCGGUGGAAGUUUGGCUCUACCGAUGAAUCCACCGUCUUCUUGGGGAUCUUCGCCAGCAAAUCUGCCGCCUCCUAAUUACUCGCAGCCUCCUCUUCUACCUCUUCCACGUGUCAACAGCUCAACUCUUCCUCUGCAACGUGUCAACAGCUCUCGCCCACGUGUCAACAACUCUACUCUCCCUUACGCUCAGACGACAACAAUUUCUGAAACAAAGAAGAAAGUAGAGUUUGUUGAAUCUGUACCGAAACUGACUAGAACCGGUUCAGUUCCGAUCCGGUCUAACAACCAGAGUGAUUUUCCUCUAGGAUUUGAUGGUUAUCCCGGUCCAGCGAUCAUGUUAUUAUCUCCACCGCCGUGUAGUUUGCCUAUGCCUAGGUUCUCGAUCAACAAGCUUUGUUGCAACGCAGAAGCUGCCGAAAAAAAAAGACGUAGCCACCGAUAA